UAUACCAGACGAAAUGCGACAAAACCAAAGAGAGCUUUCCAAUAAACAACCAUGACGAGAGGAGCUGCAGCCAUCCUAAUGCUGAUGCUCUCGCUCCCGGCGGCGUCCCUCCUGGUCGCCGCCGAUGCCGUGGGCGUCGACACGAUCCGCCUCCCCAGCGACGCCGGCGAAGGCCUCGCAACGAGCAAGGGAGGCGAGGAGGAGACACUCCGACUCCCCGACCACGUUCUGGCACCGCCGAGGGAGGAGAACGACGUCAGCGGCGUCCUCGGCGAGGAGGAGAGGCCGUGGUCGUGCUGCAACAGCACCGUGUGCACCAAGUCCUUUUCGCCUACGUGCCGGUGCCUGGACGAGGUGGACGAGUGCGCCCCCGCAUGCAAGCGCUGCGAGCCGUCCGGGAUCAACCCAAACCGCCACGUCUGCAACGACGAGUACCACGGCGACCCAGGACCGACGUGCACCAAGGAGGAGAGGCCGUGGGCCUGCUGCAACAGCACCGUGUGCACCAAGUCCUUCCCGCCGACGUGCCGGUGCCUGGACGAGGUGGAGGAGUGCGCUCCCGCGUGCAAGCGCUGCGAGCCAUCCGGGAUCAACCCGAACCGUCACGUCUGCAACGACGAGUACCACGGCGACCCAGGACCGACGUGCGCCAAGGAGGAGAGGCCGUUGGCCUACUGCAACAGCACCGUGUGCACCAAGUCAUUCCCGCCGACGUGCCGGUGCCUGGACGAGGUGGAGGAGUGCGCUCCCGCGUGCAAGCGCUGCGAGCCAUCCAGGAUCAACCCGAACCGCCACGUCUGCAACGACCAGUACCACGGCGACCCAGGACCGACGUGCGCCAAGGAGGAGAGGCCAUGGGCCUGCUGCAACAGCACCGUGUGCACCAAGUCCUUCCCGCCGACGUGCCGGUGCCUGGACGAGGUGGAGGAGUGCGCUCCCGCGUGCAAGCGCUGCGAGCCAUCCAGGAUCAACCCGAACCGCCAUGUCUGCAACGACCAGUACCACGGCGACCCAGGACCGACGUGCCCCAAGGAGGAGAGGCCGUGGGCAUGCUGCAACAGCACCGUGUGCACCAAGUCCUUCCCGCCGACGUGCCGGUGCCUGGACGAGGUGGAGGAGUGCGCUCCCGCGUGCAAGCGCUGCGAGCCAUCCAGGAUCAACCCGAACCGCCACGUCUGCAACGACCAGUACCACGGCGACCCAGGACCGACGUGCGCCAAGGAGGAGAGGCCGUGGGCCUGCUGCAACAGCACCGUGUGCACCAAGUCCUUCCCGCCGACGUGCCGUUGCCUGGACGAGGUGGAGGAGUGUGCUCCCGCGUGCAAGCGCUGCGAGCCGUCCGGGAUCAACCCGAACCGCCACGUCUGCAACGACCAGUACCACGGCGACCCAGGACCGACGUGCGCCAAGGAGGAGAGGCCGUGGGCCUGCUGCAACAGCACCGUGUGCACCAAGUCCUUCCCGCCGACGUGCCGUUGCCUGGACGAGGUGGAGGAGUGCGCCCCCGCGUGCAAGCGCUGCGAGCCGUCCGGGAUCAACCCAAACUGCCACGUCUGCAACGACCAGUACCACGGCGACCCAGGGCCGACGUGCGCCAAGGAGGAGAGGCCGUGGGCCUGCUGCAAUAGCACCGUGUGCACCAAGUCCUUCCCGCCGACAUGCCGGUGCCUAGACGAGGUGGAGGAGUGCGCCCACACGUGCAAGCGCUGCGAGCUGUCCGGGAUUAACCCUAACCGCCACGUCUGCAAUGACCAGUACCACGGCGACCCAGGGCCGACGUGCGCCAAGGAGGGGAGGCCGUGGACGUGCUGCAACAGCACCGUGUGCACCAAGUCUUUCCCGCCGACGUGCCGAUGCCUGGACGAGGUGGAGGAGUGUGCCCCCGCGUGCAAGCACUGCGAGUCAUCCGGGAUCAGCCCGAACCGCCACGUCUGCAACGACCAGUACCACGGCGACCCAGGACCGACGUGCGCCAAAGAGGAGAGGCCGUGGGCGUGCUGCAACAGCACCGUGUGCACCAAGUCCUUUCCGCCGACGUGCCGCUGCCUGGACGAGGUGGCGGAGUGCGCCCCCGCGUGCAAGCGCUGCGAGCCGAUCGGGAUCAACCCGAAAAUUCACGUCUGCAACGACCAGUACCACGGUGACCCCGGGCCUAGGUGCGGCAAGGAUGACGAUGACGUCCCCGCCGGCUCUGCGUCCCUCGCUGCCGCCGGCACGCAGAUGCAGCUACUCUUGGUUUCUCUGGUCUUAAUGUUUAUCCAGAGUCGCUAG